UUGGAUUACCAUGUUCCUUUUCGGUUUUUUUUUUUUUCCUUUUUCGGUUUAUCCGCACCUUAACACGCUUAGCUAAGCCAGCCAAGGGUUCGGCCGAACCCCCGGAUUCAACGCGUGCUUUCAAUGGGCCCGCGUGGCCGUUGUCUCCAGUGUUCCGACCCUCUCUAUAAGCGCUCUCCGGCGAGUGGCUAAGGAAAAGGGUGACCUCAACACGAGACCUUGAAGCUGCCUUAGCUACCUGAGAGAUAUGUGGCAGGAUGGCAGGGUCCCUAAGCAGGGUCUCAAAAGACGUGAGCACCACUGCAAAAGCGAUCCAAUCCAGUCAAACGGUAAUACCCGCACAGUCUGACAAGCCCGACCCCCGCCGGCACUCACUCUCUCAUCGUCUUUCUAGAAGGACAGAAAGAAGCCUCUAACCCUUGGGGGAGGCUGCGUUCACUUCCAAGGGCAAUGGCCCAUCAAUUCGCGUCCUCGCUUCGACGACGCUUCCUCAAGGCUCAUGUAGCCUCCGGCCUCGGUUCUGGAAUAAUAUCGCACCCCCUUUGGCGGGUCGCUUCUUCUGCCCCUGCCAAUGAAAUGGGUAAUAUGGUGGACGUACGGAUACGAGUACAGACAGAGAGGACAGGACACCCCCCCUCUCUUUCUGUCUAUCCCUUCCCAAAGCAUGGCAUAUGGUUUACAUUAUCGUCAGGUAUGAUACUUAACAUGUUGGGCUUGCGCGGGUUUAGUAUUUGCAAAGGCUGCAGUUGGUAAGGCAAAGGGAAACGAUGCGGAAGAGAGCGCCACAAACAACAAAAGGUCGUCUCGUCUCCUGCAAUUCGCAAUAGCAUAAUACCACCAAUAUGGGGGACGAUCA